AUGACAGAUCAGGAUAUCCUUAGUGUUUUACAUAUAGACGGGAUGACAUGUCAUUCGUGUGUCUGUCUAAUCGCCUCCACGUUGAAGGGCAAACAAGGGGUACAUCAUGUAGACGUCAGUUUGGAAAAGAAACAAGCCAUCAUAGUAUAUUCGUCGAAAGCUGGUCUGAAUGCAUCGACAUUGGCUGCUGCCGUGAGUGAGAUCGGAUUCGUUGCAGAACCCAAAGAUCCUUCCACCUUAUUCCCGAACGCUAAUAUUUCUGUGGAACCUACGGUCAACAUUUCAUACGUUCAACUUGAACCUCCAGUCACAGGGGAAGAAGUGGACUAUGUGAAGCAUAGUUUGAAUGAACUCUCAGGUGUCCUUUGUGCUGACAACCAAGCACACAGGUUACGUGUUGCUAUUUAUCAUCUUCCACACGUCGCAACUGUGCAAACACUGGUAACUUGUUUACGCGAGCUUGAUUUCAACGUCGAAUGUCAAAAUUCAGAACACUGUGUGAUACUCAGGUCAACCAAAAAGAGAGAUUCCUUCCCAUCUUUCACUCGCACCAUGCACCCAGCUCAGACGGUUUCUUCUAGUCUAGCUUCUGGUGAGGCUACAGAUGUACAUACUAUACAACAGCCUUCCUGUCUUGGUAACCUGCUACUUGUUCAAUCGCGCAACAGCACAGUAUCCAAAGAUGAAGUACUUCAACGCAUCCGAUCUAUUCCACCCAUCGCUUCCCUAACCCCUACCAUUUUGUCCGCAUCCCCGAGUGGUCUGCACAUUGUUCAGCUACGUCCUCAGUCCAGUGAUCCGAAUAUUUAUCUGGAUGUUGUGUACAGUGAAAUGGACCGGCGCAUUUCAGACAGCUUAACUAGUAAUGAAUUUCUCACUGCCAGGUUGAAGUUGAUUCCCACAAAGGAUAUAACUGUCACGGCGGGCGUCACUGUCGAAAUUUCCAUAUCGGUUUACGGAAUGCACUGCAAUUCAUGUACGCGAACCAUUGACAGCCAUUUCAGCGAGCGCCUAAAAGAGAACCCGUUACGAUAUGGCAUAAGGUUCACAACAUGUUCUGUCUCUCUCGAAAACAGUCAAGUGAAGUUCACGAGUUCACUGACAUUCACCCAUACUGAUGAGGCGUCUGUAAUGAUGUGGACUUAUGUGACACAAAUCCUAUCGCAAACUGACAUCACCCGGUUACAUGAAGAGAUUCACGAACUUGGAUUUCGUACCGUACCAGAUGUGACCAGUGAUCAGGCAGAAAUCCCUCAAAGCGGCAUUCAGGUCAACCUAGCAGAUGACCCAAAAGCUCUCAGUGACCCACUGGAAACUACGCCGGAGGAUAUUGUCUUGAGGGAUGCGAAUUUUGUUUCCAUUCCUCUCAACGGUGAAGAUCAGAUUUGCAAAAAUGACUCACGGCUGGAAAAAUCAGGCCAACUUUUUUCACCAGACCUAACGAAUCAUGCUUCUUCCUCUCCUGACUUGGCUCGUUGCUAUCUACGAAUCACGGGAAUGACGUGCAGCUCGUGUGUUCACUUGAUUGAACAAAGUCUCAUGAAGCUCCCAGGUGUUCAUAACGUGCUUGUUGCCUUGCUCGCAAUGAAGGCUGAUAUUACCUACAACCGAUCUCUGAUAACAGCGGAACAACUAGCGAGUCAAGUAUGUGAGCUUGGAUUUGGAGCAGAAGUGUUGGAAAAAGCAGUCGGUGUGAAUGAGGAUAUGAAUCGAAUGACACUUUAUCUACGGGUGGAAAGUUUGAGCGGUCAAGCAGAUGCUCAUGCUCUCGAAUCUCAUUUACAACGCCAGCUUGGCAUACGCGGCAUCUUGAUCUCGCAUGCCUCAAAAUCAUGCUCUAUUACCUUCGACUCCUCGCUCGUUGGACCCAGAGACAUUAUCAAGCAGAUUGAGAGUUUCGGUCAUCGGACAACGUUGCAAACACCCGACAGGAAACCAUUCGCCACGCAUGCCGUAAGCAACAGGUGGCGGAAUUCAUUCUUCCUGAGCUUGGUGUUUGCCGCUCCCACAAUGUUGAUCAUGACUGUCUUCAUGGUCCUUUGGCCUCACAAUGCGCCUGAAGGAUGUCCAUCUCACUUUCUGGAUCAUGAUUUGGUAAAGAAUCACUCCAAAGAUUAUAUCCCACGGAGUCAUCGUCACAUGGAUGGACCCCCCAUGAUAGUACCUGGAUUAUCUUUAGAGAAUUUUCUCAUGUUCGUCCUCGCAACUCCCAUUCAGACACUUGGUGGACGCUAUUUCUAUGUGCAAGCAUACAAGUCGAUAUCGCACGGGAUGGCCAAUAUGGACGUUCUGAUUGUCAUGGCCACAACUAUAGCCUACCUAUAUUCUGUCAUUAUCCUCCUUAUCGCAAUUGCUUUUCAAUGGCCAACAAGUCCACGUACGGUAUUUGAGACCUCUCCUAUGUUGUUCGUCUUCGUCUCCCUGGGUCGGUGGUUGGAACACAUUGCAAAGGGGAAAACUUCGGAGGCGUUGACAAAACUGUUGGCUCUAAAACCAACAGAAGCGUCCAUAAUCGUAUCUAAAACACAAUCACACAACGAAGCAAGUCAACAUAUCACGGAGAACAUCUAUACGAAUGCGACGGAAAAAAGGAUACCAGUCGAACUUGUUCAUCGAGGGGAUAUUAUAAAGAUAUGUCCCGGUGAGAAAGUCCCCGUUGAUUCGCGAGUUCUAGUCGGGAACUCAGCUUGUGAUGAGUCACUGAUUACGGGCGAGUCGAUGCCUGUGGACAAACAACCAGGCUCUGAGUUGAUCGGUGGCGCCAUUAACCUAACCAAUGUGUUGUGGGCUGAAGCGACACACGUUGGAAAUGAUUCUGCCCUUGCACAAAUCGUACGUCUGGUUGAAGAAGCUCAGACAUCUAAGGCUCCAAUUCAACAGCUUGCUGAUCGCAUUGCCGGUUAUUUUGUGCCGUUCGUCUGCUGCGUUUCCUUGGCAACGUUUCUGAUUUGGAUCGUGUUGGGGAUGCUGCAACCGCAUACCAUCUUGGGUUAUGAGCCCGGCUGUACUAUAACUUUGUUGGCCGUUGAUCAUGCAUUUCGGAUGGCCAUAUCGGUACUAACCAUUGCAUGUCCGUGUGCUUUGGGCUUAGCCACGCCGACUGCUGUCAUGGUCGGGACAGGAACCGGAGCACUGGCCGGUAUCCUCAUUAAGGGUGGCCAACCAUUGGAAAACAUGCGAAAACUGACAACUGUGCUGUUUGACAAGACCGGAACGAUCACACAAGGACGUCCACAGGUUACACACGUGGUCAUGUUUGUGCCUGGUACCACACGCUCAACGACUGCCAUUCAGACAGAAACUGUCCCAUCUGAGACGGUGUUUCCAAAACUCUCUGAAUGCAUUUCUCCGAGUCGGUUCUUGUACAUACUAGCCAGCGCAGAGUCCACUGUAAAGCACCCGAUUGCUCAUGCAAUUGUAGCAAUGGUAAGAGUCUUUCGCCAGUGCGUGUCCGAAGAAAACUCUUCGUUGUCUCCACUCGAACCACCUACUAGGCUUAUACCGCUCGACGACUCAGGCGUGACCAGCUCACCACCUAAGCUGGACCUCAAACACGGGCGAACAAAUAACCACCAACCCGGCGUCGGUGAUGCUAUACCACGAGAUUCCAUAAGUGAAUUCGCCAUGGUUGCUAACGCAAUUUCUGUCGCGGGUAUGGGGCUACAGUGCCAAAUAUAUGUUGCACCUUUUGAUUGCCCGCCGGGACCCGGUUUGCCCAGGCCCCUUCCGCUCGCUUCCCUACAAACUCCUCUAAUUCAAAACUCCUCAGAUAAACUUGCCCAAGAGGCGGUCAUCAAUUCUGCAAUUCAUGUAAGACUAGAUUAUGUGGCUUCUAUUUGGCCUCAUUCGUCGAACCAUGCCAGAGAUGGGGUUCGCUCGUCUGUGUCUUCUCCACUCCUGCAGUUCUCGCCUAAGGACCAAAAUGAAGCUGUGCAACCAAAGACCCCGCCUUCACUUGAUCAUUGCUCAGACGAAGCAGGCCAUACGACCGGAUUUUCCUGGUCAGAUGUCAAGAAGGGUGGUUCCCACACGGUGCAUGUCGGCAAUCGUGACUGGAUCAAAAGAAACAAUAUAUCCUUUCCGAUUUUGUUAUCCUCUGUCACAUCUGAACAUGGUCGACCGGUUGCGUCAGACAGUGAACCACUACCAACAGUCGAAUCACUCAUUGAAGCUGAUGAAGCUCGAGGUCAAACCGUUGUUUUGAUCGCAAUCGACGGUCAACUUGUUGGAUUGGUGAGUAUUGAAGACCCCGUGAAACCAGAAGCAGCCUUGGCUGUUGCUGCACUGCGCCAUCGUGGUGUACGGGUUGGCUUGCUAACUGGGGACAACAGUAGAACAGCAUCUGCGAUCGCCCGACAGGUUGGCAUCCGCGAUGUUUAUGCCGAUGUACUGCCAGCACACAAAGCUGCAGAAGUACGAAGGCUUCAAUAUUCGACACGUCGUGUACCAAAAACAUACCGUAUUUGUCCAUGUUUAUCUUCAACACGCAGGAGGAAUCUCGAUGUGGAUGUCGUGCGAGAGCAUCGGUCUGAUCCAAUGCUGGCUGACAAAUCUUUCGACAGUGACCAUGACUCGGGCGAAACCAGUUUACAUGGGUCCUACCUCAGAGUGGAAUCAGCCCGUAACAAGCGCCGCAUUUUCCCCGUCCUUCGCGCCCUGUACAGCUUUUUGGUCAAACGGCCCUCAGAAUCUACUGACCCUAUUUGGAAAAGGAAUAACAACCUGCGUCGGCGUCGUCAGCAGAGGCUUGAGCGACGUGUGCGGCGUCAUGGUCAGCAGAAAUGGAAGCGUGAAUAUGUCGCCAUGGUUGGUGAUGGUGUAAAUGAUAGUCCUGCAUUGGCUCAAGCCGACGUUGGGAUUGCAAUCGGUCGGGGAGCGGACGUCGCUGUUGAGGCUGCAGACGUUGUACUUGUCCGAGAUUCACUUAUUGAUGUCAUUGGGGCCAUUGAUUUAUCCAGAGCUACAGUUCGCCGAAUAAGAUGUAACUUUGUCGCAGCCACGCUGUACAACAUGAUUGGUAUCCCGGUUGCUGCAGGCUGUCUGCUCCCGUUCGGCAUCGAAUUAGCGCCGUGGAUGGCAUCAGCUGCAAUGGCUGCCUCUUCAGUCUCCGUGAUUGGUCUUUCAUUACUUUUGCGACGGUGGACUAAGCCAACAGAGGCAUCACUAGUAUGUCCGGAGUAUGUAGACUUAUUAACAAGUGCAGGUCUGAAGCAACAAGAUGUUCGUGUGCGCAAAGGUGGGGACCUGUUAACGAAAACCGCCCAUGAGAAAAACAACUCACAUACUGCCAACAGUCAUCCAAACUUAGGCCGAUUGAUAACGGACAGCCGAACUCUGUUGGACGCGGGAAAUUGCAGCAGUGAUUCUGAGUUGGAAGACGAAGAAAAUGAGAUCUUUUCAUCCAGCUUGAUCGAACCGAAACGUAUUGGUUCCCGCAUUCUAAUUGGUGAUAAUUCAGCAGCCUUGAAACUGAAGCAUGAUGUUCGGAAUGCUCGCGGAGCUCAUCGGACUUGA